AUGGAUCCAUCUCGUAGCUUCCUCAGUAACAUUAAACGUGUGGUGAUUAAGGUGGGUACGGCUGUAGUAACAAGAGACGAUGGUCGAUUAGCCAUUGGUAGAGUUGGUGGUAUUUUUGAGCAGAUUGAAGAACUGAACACACAAGGACUUGAAAUCAUUUUGGUCUCAUCUGGUGCUGUUGGAGCUGGUCGUCAAAGGCUUAGAUAUAGAAGAUUGAUCAAUAGCAGUUUCGCCGACCUUCAAAAACCGCAGCUUGAGUUAGAUGGGAAGGCAUGCGCGGCUGUUGGACAGAACGGGCUUAUGGCGGUUUAUGACAAUUUAUUGAGCCAGUUGGAUAUUACAUCUUCACAGCUUUUAGUGACUGAUAAUGACUUUAAGAAUCCAGACUUCAGGGAGCAGUUAUCUGAAACAGUAAACACAUUGCUAGCGUUAAGAAGCAUUCCUAUAUUCAACGAAAACGAUGCUAUAAGUACAAGGAGAGCUCCUUAUUCGGAUAAUAAUUUAAUACAGGAUUCACAUGGUAUAUUCUGGGACAAUGAUAGUUUGGCUGGACUAUUAGCAAUUGAAUUGAAAGCUGACUUACUUGUUCUGUUAACGGAUGUGGAUGGCCUUUAUAGCGGUCCACCUAAUGAUCCUACGUCGAAGCUGAUUCAUACAUACAUAAAAGAGAAGCAUCAAAUUGCGUUUGGUGAUAAAUCGAGAGUUGGAAGAGGAGGCAUGCAUGCAAAAUUGAAGGCUGCUAUUAGUACUGCUUAUGCAGGCACUCCUGUUAUUAUUGCUAGUGGAUUUGCUCCACAGAAUAUCAUUCGGGUGAUAAAUGGGGAACGUAUUGGUACUCUUUUUCAUCAAGAUGCAGAUUUGUUUGUUCAUGAUGUUAAUGCUCGCGAGAUGGCGGUUGCAGCUCGUGAAUGUUCUAGAAAGCUUCAGAGUCGAACUUCGGAUGAGAGGAGGGGAAUUUUGAUUGCAGUGGCAGAUGCCUUGGAGGCAAAUGAAGAGUUAAUUAUUGCUGAGAAUCAAGUGGAUGUUGAGGAGGCUGAGGCAUGCGGUUAUGACAGGUCGUUGAUAUCACGUUUGGUGAUGAAACCUGGGAAGGCAAGUAUUUUUUUUUUUUUGAAAACUGCUGCAUUGUUCCUUUAUUUAGAAGAAGCAGAUUCUCAUUAUUAUUAUUGUAUGCAGAUAUCUUCACUUGCGAAAUCCAUUCGUUUGCUUGCUGACAUGGAAGAGCCAAUUGGUUGUGUAUUGAAGAAAACAGAGCUUGCAGAUGGGCUUGUCUUAGAGAAGAAAGCAUGUCCUUUGGGAGUACUACUCGUGAUCUUUGAGUCUCGCCCAGAUGCGUUAGUCCAGGUGAAGACAGCAAACCUGAGUGACUGAUUCCCAAAUUUAUGCAUCUAUUUAACUUAAUUUCUCAAAUUUUUGGAUUCAAAACAAUUGGACAGAUUGCAUC